AUGACGAAGGGGAAGCACUCUCAUUCGCUUGAGGGGCUUAUCCAGCCCCAGAUGCUGCACCAGAAGGGAUCUAAGGAUGAAGAGGGCACGAAGCGUCAGGAGAAGAAGUCGGCCAGCUCGAAGCAUGGCCACGAAUCUCAGGAGGCUCAGCACCCUUCGCUCUUUGGGCACCUCGGCCACUUUGGUCAGGAGCACGAGCACUCGAAGCUGGAGAAGCAUCAUAACCCUCUCUACCAGCACCAUGGAAAGCACGAGAAGAAGACUGACAAGGUGACAAGUGGUCUUGAGUCGCAUGAUGGCCAGCAUGCACUGUUUAGCCACCUCGGUCAUCUCGGUCGUGACCCUGAGUCGAAGGACCAUCACGAGACGCACCAAAACGGCAUGAACAACUUUGUGCGUCGUCUGGGCGGUGAGAUCCCGCCUGAAUCUGCGGAGAAGCAGGUGGCUCGUCGGGUCGUGGCCAAUGUCGGCAAGCCGCCCAAGAGCCGUAAAAAGAAGGGCAGCAAGCUCGAGCCGUCCGUGCGUGAGAUUCGCACGGUGACCGGCUCGCGCCGCAUCGUGUCGGAAGGCGUUUAUGUGUACCGCCCUAACCAGAAGUUUGCAGAGAUCUCGCCCGAGUCGAUGCUGGGCGCUGUGCCGCAUGCACCGAACUCGGUGUUCGCGGGUGGCAACCCAGCCGAUGCGUUCGCAGCGGAGGCUCGCUCUGUCUACUCGCUUGACCACUACACGGCUGCAGAGAAGGCGGCUCGCACAGAGGCGGCCCGUGCCGAGGCAGCUCGCAUCCAUGAAAUUCGCUCGCGUCGUGAGCGCAUGAAUGCCGAGGCUCUGGCUGCCAAGGAGGCUCGCCGUCUGGAGCGUGAGCGCGAAGAGGAGGAGGAAGAGGAGCGUCUCCGUGAGCAGGUGCGCCUUGACCGCCUCACGGCGGCGGAGCGUGCUGCGGCUUCGCAGCGCGAAAAGUCGGCUUUCAUUGAGGAGGAUGUGCCGCCGACGCCGCCAGCGAAGGACAUCGUAUCGGAGGUGCCUACGCGCCGCUACCAGUCCGUGGCGGUGCCUUGGGGCAAGAGCUCGGAUGUGGCUGCUCCGACGGUGGUCUCGCUGAACUAUGCCAAGGCGCAGGAGCACGGCCAUCGUCAGCUUUACAACCUUGCGCAGUAUGACAAGGAGCGGAGCACUGGCUCUGUCCGCACCUUCCACAUUCCUCCAGGCGAGUCGAUGCGCUCCUUGUCCAGCGUGGCCGCUAGCGAGAAGGAAUCGCUGUCCCCAUCGCAGUUUGCUGAGAUGACGAUGGCUUCGUUCUCGAGCAUGCGCACUGGCUCGACGCUGCCUGACUACCUGUCUACGGGCCCUACGCGCGACACGCUUGUCGCGUCCGACUCGGAUGUCGUGAAGAAGCCGGCGGCGGCGCUUUCGGAGAAGCCCGAGUCGAAGGCUGAGACGGAAGACAAGCAGGCCAAGACAGAGACGGAGGCCUCGAAGAAGGCGGCUGUGCCUGUGACGGGUACUACGGCGGACGAUGCACAGCGCGCCAAGGAGCUGAACAUGGCCCAGCUUGCCCACAAGGAGGCUGAGCUUGCUCGUCAGGAGGCUCUUCUUGCUCGCCUUGAGGCCCAGAAGGCACGCAGGGAAGCUGAGGAAGCGCGCAUGGAGGCGCAGAAGAUCCGUAUGGAGGCCGAGGAGGUUCGUCGUGCUGCAGAGAAGGCGCGCCAGGUCGAGGAGGCUCGUCGCGCUGAGGAAGCCAAGCGUGCUGAGGAAGCUCGUAAGGCCGAGGAGGCUCGUCGUGCGGAAGAGGCCAAGAAAGCGGAGGAGGCUCGCAAGGCUGAGGAAGCCCGUCGUGCUGAAGAGGCGAAGAAGGCAGAGGAGGCUCGCAAGGCUGAGGAAGCCCGUCGUUCCGAAGAGGCGAAGAAGGCGGAGGAGGCCCGUAAGGCUGAGGAAGCUCGUCGCGCUGAAGAGGCCCGCAAGGCGGAGGAGGCCCGCAAGGCGGAGGAGGCCCGCAAGGCUGAAGCGAAGAAGGCCGAGGAAACAAAGAAGACCACGGAGACAAAGACAGCGACGUCCAUGUCGUCGUCGUCGUCGUCGUCGAACCUGCCUUCGUACCUUCGCCUGUCGAACCAGAUCCCGAGCUCCACCAUACCGACGACCGGCGCCUCGUCAUCGAACGAGUCGCGCUCCAAUGUGGCCUCGCUGGGUCUUCCGCCGUACCUCCGCCGCAGCAUUUCGAACAUGCUGCACCAGCGCGGUGGCCAGCAGAAGAUGUCGUCCUCGACGUCGACGCCUUCUGUGGCGCAGAAGAAUGAGCCGGCCAAGGCUUCUACGACGGCUACGUCGCAGCCCAAGCCUACGUCAGCGCCAACGUCAUCGCAGCCUUCGAAGGACGCUUCGUCGGUGUCAAAGCCGCAGAGUGACAACCAGGACAUGUCAAAGAAGUAUGGCUUCCUGAUUGUCGAAGGUGAGGGCGCCAAGACCCAGGACAAGGCUGCAUCGCCGAUGCCGACCUCGACGUCUUCGAAGCCUGCGGCGGAGACCAAGGACGCGGCCAACCCCCUCAAGGCGUCGUCCAAGGCCCCUGAGCCAGCGACGUCCAGCGCAGCUCCUGCUGUGAUGCAGAAGGGUCGGGCUGUGCUCCUGGUCGACGCCAACGAGCCGAACCGCAAGCCGUCGGCUGCGAGCACUACCACUACGUCGUCUGCACCUGUGGCAUCUAGUACCGCGGCGGCUGCGCCUCCAGUGGCCGCAAUGUCCAGCGAAUCGGCGGCCAAGGCAGCAGAGACUCCGAAGGAAGCCAAGCGCUCGUCCGGUGUGGUGAUUACGACGUUGAGCAAGAACUCGAAGAAACUCUAA